AACAUUGUAGCUUGUGCAGCUGGCUUUGUGGACGGCCUUGAACUGGGAGACAACACAAAGGCGGCCGUUAUCCGUCUUGGCCUGAUGGAGAUGAUCAAAUACGUUGACAUUUUCUAUCCUGGAUCCAAACUUUCAACUUUCUUUGAGAGCUGUGGAGUGGCUGAUCUCAUUACGACAUGCUAUGGUGGUCGCAACCGUCGUGUGUCAGAGGCAUUUGUCAAGUCUGGGAAGAGUAUCGAGGAGCUGGAGAGAGAACUGCUUAAUGGCCAGAAGCUUCAAGGACCAAUCACUGCCUCAGAAGUUAAUUUUAUGCUUAAAAAUAGAAGUAUGGAGGACAAGUUUCCUUUAUUCACAGCUGUACAUAGGAUCUGUACAGGUGUACUCAAACCGCAGAAACUCAUAGAAUGCAUCCGUGAGCACCCAGAGCACGUGAAGGUACGAAACGGACUGGUUCCCGUGAGGUGCUCUCUUUGAGUGUGAUAUGCGUUUGUGUCUUGUUUCAUAAUGAAACGAGGGAAUACUGUAGUGGAAUGGUGCAUGUUCUCGAAAGUGUGCAUACUUCCAGAGAUGGAUAUUUGGAUGAUGUGUGGAAAGUACAUUCAUAACAGAAGAGUGGUCAUACGAUUGUGGUGUAUUGGUGGUUUUUGUUGUGUUAACAGAUGUGACACUUGUGAGGAUAUACUGUGCAUUAACAUGUUCAUUUGUUGUAUAUCCAUAAAUAAUUUUAAUUCACAGUUUUCAUAAUAAAUUAAUGUGACUUUAAAUAAGCGAAAUUGUGAUGGACAUCACAGGUUUUAGGAAGUUUUUUUUUUUGGGGGGGGGGGGAUUAUAUGUCUGCUGGAUAUAAAACAGGAUGUAAUUCAGGGCCUGGCUGGCAUUAUUCACUUUAGAAUAUUAAAUCCAUUUUUCUUGUAUCAGAUGACAGUGCCAGCUAGCAGCUGGUUGAAUGAAACUGGAUGAUAAAGGGCAGUAUCGUUUUUAAUUGCAAGUAAGACAAGAAUCAGAAUUUACCGUAUCAUAUUUUAAAAUAUCACAUUCAAAAUUUUGAGUGGACCCUGUCAUGAAGGAGAUAAACUGAAGAGGUUGGUGCAUAUUUGUGGAGAAGACCCUAAAAGGUGUGAGACAUUUGUAAUGUAACCCUCCAUUAUGAGGUGGCUCUACCAGUUUGAGUGAUCUGAAUUGUUUCAACUGACAUGAUUAAAGUAUGUGAAAAGU